UUAACGACAACAACAAAACGAUUCAACGAAAAUAAAGUCAAGUAAUGGCUUGCCAGAAGUUGUGAAAUUGUUGAAUAUUUUUCAAUAAGUGCACUGUUUCGAAUGUUCUGUUGAAUUCGCAAAUGGAAGCUGCAAAACUUGUUGGAUUAUACUAAAAACUUUCAAGUGUUGGCAAUUCUUCGGCGGAAACGCGGAUGAGAAACGAAAUUGACGUUCCAACGCCAAAGGGAAUGGCCGCAUGAAAUAGAAAAAAUAGAAAACGACUAACAGCAAUCAACAAUGUGGAAAUGAUAAUUGCAAUUGCCUGCACAAGCAAACAAAGAAGAAAGAAACAAGUGAAGAAAGCUGAGGAGCGACGAGGGGAGGAAACGAGACCCAAAAGAAAAAGAAAAUACCCACGAACGGGAAUGGCGAAUGCAUAGAAAGAAGUUUGCGAAAAAAAACAACAGAAAAAUUAAAAAAGAAACAUAAACAAAAAAGACGAAAAGCAAUUAUAGCUCUUGAUACAAACGCGAUGGUGUUUUACAAUAUGUAAAUAUAAUUAGCCGAGCGGAGUUUUCAUUCCAGGAAUUUCGCCAGCCAACAAAAGAAAUAAAUACUACGACUUCAGCAACAAUACAACAACACAAAACAAAAAACAACAACAAAAAAACACGCCUUGACUUGAGAGCCGGUUUUAUAAUUACUCGAAGCUCUUUACCUCUCCCUACCUCUCCGCCUCGCUUCCACUCUCUCUGCUCUCUCCAGAGAGAAUUCCAGUCCCGAUACGAUUACGAAUCCAAUUCGAACCACGGGUAUUGGUAUCACAAUUUCCCCGUUCAAGUGACAAUACCAAUUUAACUACCAUUCAUCGCAAAACCGCAAAAACAGUGAGUGAGUGUGUGUGAGUGAGUGGCAGUUGCAAGUGCGAUUGCCACUGCGACAAUGGCAGUGUCCUGCCCCGAAGUUAUGUACGGUGCCUACUAUCCAUAUCUGUACGGGCGCGCUGGACCAAGUCGAUCGUUCUACCAGUAUGAGAGGUUCAACCAGGACCUGUACUCGUCCUCGGGCGUCAACCUGGCGGCCUCGUCGAGCGCCUCCGGUAGCUCCCAUUCGCCCUGCAGUCCGAUCCUGCCGCCGUCGGUGAGCGCGAACGCCGCUGCGGCGGCGGUGGCAGUGGCGGCGAACCAGGCGAGCUCCGCCGGACUCCUGGGGAGCAACGUGGUGCCAGGAAGCAGCAGCGUCGGGAGCGUCGGUCUCGGGAUGAGUCCCGUGCUGAGUGGAGGGGCAGGACACUCGCUGCACAGCUCGCACAGGAGCCACGCCCACUCGCACGCCCACUCCCUCGCCCACGCACACACGCACCCGCUAUCGCACACACACACGCACACGCACCAAACCAAAGAAGAGGAUCUCAUCGCGCCGCGCAGCGAAGCUGAAGCACGCUUAGUAGGUUCCCAACAACAUCAGCAUCACAAUGAAUCAUCCUGCUCCUCCGGUCCGGACUCCCCGCGCCACGCCCACUCGCACAGUCAUCCGCUUCACGUGGGCGGCGGAGCGACGGGCGGUCCAUCAUCGGCGGGCGGAACGGGUUCGGGGGGAGGGGACGGGGGCACAGGCACCGGGGCGAUACCCAAGAAUCUUCCCACUCUGGAGGCGCCAAUUGGCAGCGGAGGCGGUGGCGGUGGCGGUAACGGCGGAUUGGGAGGCAGUGCAGCCGGAGGAUUGGGGGGGAGUGGCCAGGGUCAGGCGCAGUACCUUUCCGCCUCCUGCGUCGUGUUCACCAACUAUUCGGGCGACACGGCCAGCCAGGUGGACGAGCACUUCUCCCGCGCCCUCAACUACAACAACAAGGAUGCUAAAGAGAGCAGCAGCCCGAUGUCGAAUCGCAAUUUCCCACCGUCGUUCUGGAACAGCAAUUACGUGCACCCCAUACCCGCGCCCACACAUCACCAGGUUAGCGACUUGUAUGGCACGGCGACGGACACUGGCUACGCCACCGAUCCGUGGGUGCCGCACGCGGCCGCCGCUCACUAUGGUUCCUACGCCCACGCCGCGCAUGCGCACGCCGCCCACGCCCACGCCUACCACCACAACAUGGCCCAGUACGGCAGUCUACUCAGGCUGCCCCAGCAGUACGCCAGCCACGGCUCCAGGCUGCACCACGACCAGCAGACGGCCCACGCCCUCGAGUACUCCAGCUACCCCACAAUGGCAGGUCUAGAAGCGCAAGUGGCGCAGGUGCAGGAGUCGUCGAAGGAUCUGUACUGGUUCUAAGCAUCACGUGGCGAUGGAGAGCCAGGAGGAGCGCCUUCGGCGGAUGUAUAAACCCUGACUUGGAGGAUCCAGGGACAACCCGGAUCGAAACUCUCGGAAGCCUCGUAUACACAGCUCGACUUUCGGUCGGGCUUUUGAAACCGCUUCUUAAGCAAAACUGCAGUCUGUGUUUCUGUGUGAGCAAAACAAUAACAAACGCAAAGGAUUUUGAAAUUUAAUUUAAUUUACCAUAAUGUUUAACGUUUAAAUAUAAUUCGUAAGCUUAAAACACCUUGUAAACAGAAAUGAUUAUCGCGCAUUCGAGACCAUUUUUUCAGCGUAAUUUGAUUUUGUAAGUUUAGCAUCCCAUAUCAGCAAUUUAGACACAUACAAUAAUGAAUAUAUACACACUAUAUAUAUAAAUAUACACAUAAAUAUAUUA